AUGGUCAACCUCCGCAUGGCCAACCUCCGCAUGGUCAACCUCCGUAUGGCCAACCUCCGCAUGGUCAACCUCCGUAUGGCCAACCUCCGCAUGUCAGCGCGGAUCAUGAUCAUAGCACCAUUGCAGCAGUCACUGGAAUCUAAAGGGCCGAAUGUGGCAGCGUAA